GUUAGCUCUUACCUGGUUUAGUCAGUUAGCCGUUAGCUCUGAGCUAGUUAGCUCUUAGCUGGUUUAGUCAGUUAGCCGUUAGCUCUGAGCUAGUUAGCCGUUAGUCAGUUAGCCGUUAGCUCUUACCUGGUUUACUGGUUUAGUCAGUUAGCCGUUAGCUCUGAGCUAGUUAGCCGUUAGCUCUUAGCUGGUUUAGUCAGUUAGCCGUUAGCUCUUAGCUGGUUUAAUCAGUUAGCCGUUAGUUAGCCGUUAGCUCUGAGCUAGUUUAGUUAGUUAGCCGUUAGCCUUUGUAGCUACACAAGCUAGCUAAUGUCUUGUUCGGUCUCGAGCUUCCAACGGCUGUCAGCAUCAUCAUCACCAGGACAACGGUCCCCCUCGACCCCCCCGGCCGUGUGAUGGAAGGGUGAGGGAGACCAUGCUGAGCUUCCUCCGUCUCCUUCUGACAGGCCUGUUAGGUGUUCUGUGGGAUGGAGUUACAGCGUUUGGUGGGGUCAGACUAGUGGAUGGGGAGAACAAGUGUUCUGGCAGAGUCGAGGUACUCCGCCAUGAGCGGUGGGGGACGGUGUGCGACCACGGCUGGGACCUCCGGGAGGCUGACGUGGUGUGUCUGGAGCUGGGCUGUGGCUUAGCUGAGUCCGCCCUUCAUGGUUCAGUGUUUGGUGCAGGCAGCGGAGAGAUCUGGCUGCGACAUGUCCAAUGCUCCGGACACGAGUCCAGUUUGACACGCUGCGCUGUUGUCCUCCACAGUAAUGUCUACUGCACCCAUGAGAACGAUGCGGGGGUGAAAUGCUCAGGUACCCUUUUAUUGCCCACCCUCACCCUCCUGUCCCCUCACACUGUGUUCUCUCCCGGCGAGGCCGUUCGCUUCGGCUGCAGCGUUUUGCUGGGUCAUCACCUCAGUGACUUCCACCUCUACAAGCACGGAGUGUCAACGCCGCUGGUCACACAGAGGGCGGACCAGACCCAGACCAGAGUGGAGCUGACUCUGUCCGACAUAGAGACUUUCCACCAGGGCAGCUACAGUUGUCGGUAUCGGAUCAAGGGCGGCUUCCCUUCUCAGCUGCUCAGCUCGCCGCCCAGCAACUCCAUCAACAUCACUGUCGUGGAACUCCUGACUCCCCAACACUGGUACAACACGUCCACCGAGGCCCCGGCUGGUUCCGUCAUGAAAGGCCACAAUUUUAACAUCACCUGCUCCACGCCGCAGCAGUACCCUGGAGGUUCCUUCCAGCUGCGCCUGAUCCGCUCCAACGGCACCGUGCGCCAGUCCCUGCCUGCCCUCACGCCAUCCGUCACGUUCACCUUUCCCAACGCCCAGAGCUCCAACGAGGGUUACUACUACUGCCUGUAUCGGGUCCAGCUGGGGGGACGCACUUUUGUCUCCAGAGAAAGCCAGCCCCUGCCUAUAGCCAUCAGAGAUCCAGACCCAGUACUGAGUCCAAUGGUGAUCAGCUGGCUUGUGUCCGGCCUGACUUUUGUCAUAGCGGUCGUCGUUAUAAUCAUCGUGGCCAAGGUGCUAUGUAACAAGGAGAAGAAGCCCACCGAACUGGAGCGAGAGACCAGAACCUGUGUGGACAACACUUAUGUUGCCUUAUCAAUUAACAAGCUAUGACGGGGCAGCAGAUCACUAAAGAAUCACAAGUAAGUGGACAGUCGGGGAGCUCACACCGCGUCCAUCGAGGAUCCAGUCGGCAGGAGACGUAACACGGAACCAAACACCUUUUGGAAAAAGGCACCACGUGGACCCAGUUCAGUACAGUUUGGAUGAGGAACAGUUUUUACUGGACUAACAUGGACCUCCAUCACACCAAACUUCAGGCUAGUGUUACUGCUGGAUAUGAUUGGCUUAUAAAGCCUUUGUAUUACGAUGAGAUGUGAGCUAACAGCCACAGAAGACUGACACUAUAAUUUAUUUCCAGUUAAAGUCUGUAGUGGUUCCAGCUAGACUUCACUUUCACUCAGACUUGGCUACUGCCAUUGCGCCAGAUGUUGGAGUGAAAAAACUGCAACUAAAAAGCUAAACUGGGGAAACUGUGACGUUGGUCCCUCAGGUCUGUAAAUGCAGUUUAAGAACAUUGUUUUUUUUUUGUAUUUAUUACCAGAUAACACUAAUGACAGGCUCCACUAGCUUAUUAUGUACUCGCUUCUACAGAUCAAUGAUCCUUAAAGGAUUAGAAGAUGUUUUUUGUAUUUUAAGUCUAACCCUACUAUGCAUCUUAUGUCAUUUACAACAUGUACAUUACUGCACUUAAACGAUGGUAAAUAGAAGCUGUAGUUGAUUAAAAUGCUGCUGUUGUUGGAG